AUGGGUACGACGUUCUCGGUCUCCCCAGUGUUGCAUGAUGAAGUGGCUGAACACAAGAGAAGAACCCUGAGCAAACCAAGGUUGAUUGUGUCAGCCUUCGGUUUCAAGUUGGUUAAGCAGAAAAGUGGCAAGAAAAUCAAUCCACAUCUUCAGCCAUUUCAGACCCUUCAUAUCGGAGAAGAUCGGAACGCACCAUCCCAAAAUUGUCUGCCACAGUCUAUGGAAAUUGAGAAGCCAUCUCAAAAACUGGAACAAACCAAACUCCUAGUAAACAAGCAGCUGGAGGACGUGCAGAAGAACCAACCAAGCUGCCAAUUGCUCACAUCUCCAGCCCACAUCAUUGUUCAAGCCUCCACAGGUGAGCUGCUGCUCUGUUUGGGUCGAUUCCUGCGCCAUCGCUGCCUUAAAAUCUUUGACCUGACUUCAAAUGAGGUGAUUGCCUGGUUCAGGAAUGUGGACCAGACUCUUUUGAUACAGGGCUGGCAGGAGGAGGCCUUCAUCACACCUCCCAUCAUUGUCUUUGUCUACCUGCUGUGCCGGGACACCAUAAGUGAGAACAUUACCAGUCCAGGUGAGCUCCAUGGGAUCUUUCUUACCUGCCUGUACAUGACCUACUCUUACCUGGGCAGUGAGAUCUCAUACCCAGUCCAGCCCUUCAUUAUCGAAGACAAUAAGGAUGUGAUCUGGCAGCAGGUUCUGGGUCUUAUUGAUAAACUGAGCUCUGAAAUGCUGAGGAUCAACAUGGACCUGCAGUUCUUCACUGAGGUUCUCCAAGAGCUGAAAAAUGAAGGAGCGGUGAAGAACAUGAAUGGUCUGGACUGCUGA